UAGCUAAUGAGAAGAUCCACGACCACGUCGGCCACGUUUACCUUUUCCUUGCAUUGUCUUCUAUUCCAAGUCUUGAAAUUUGAUAGGAGGUUUUGUGUCUCUCCCACUCCUUGUCAAGCUGAGAGAGCUCAUAUGCUUUGACUCAACUUCAUCCACUUCUUCUAGCACAGUGAAACGAGAAGGACUCUCAAAUUCACUAACUUGAAGUGAUGUGGUUAAAGGAUCAACAAUGGAUGGUGUUUGGACUUCCUUGUUGAUAAUGUUUGAUGGAACUGAAUCCAUAAUGGCUGCUGUAAUGGGAGUAGAUUGAGAAUCUACUAAUGAAGAUAAAGUGUUGUUUGAUGUACCUUGGAAAUCCACAGAAACAUCAGAAGAAACCGUAAAGAGAGGAGGAGCUACCUCCAAAUCAGAUUGCAAGGAUUGGCUUAUUUCAGCCGCUGAAACCACAGAAGAGACAUUGAGCUCUUUCAUUUGAUGAAGUAGAGGAAUAUCAUGUGCUGAAACAGCAGGCAGGGAAGCACCAUGUAUAUUUUUCUUUCUUUCUUUCUAUUUAAACAUGGUUUCAGCAAACAAACAUUAUUUCAACUAUUCCAAAAGAAGGUUGUACUUAAUUAACAAUAUUGUGAUAACAUCAUAAAAGGGGCUGAACUAAAUAGUUUUCAUUUCUAAUUUCAUAUUGUAUGAUAUUUUUACACACACUAAAAAAUUAUUUUUAAAAAAAGUUAUCGCCAAAAUAAUAAUUUAAAGUUAAUUAAUUUUACUGUAAAUUAAAAAUAAAAAUGUUAUCACAGUUUUUAAUAAAUUAUUAAUUAUCUAAAUAUGUGAAUAAAUUAUCAAAAAAAACUAUAAAGAUAUUAUACCAUUUACAUUAAAAUGGAAGGAGUAUUAUUGUUUUUUUUAAACUAAGUAUUAUUGUUGUAAAUAUCUUCUCUAAACUUUGAAUUUUCUUUGCACAUAGCAAAAAGAUGCACGUGUUAAAGAAUUUAGCUGGUAGAUGUCAAACACAUAUUUCAUACUAGAAAUUUUAAGCAGGAUUGGCUCUGGACUAAAAUUCUCAAAUUUCAAAAUUUAUAUGAGUUGUAGUCAAAAAUUAUAUGAGUUUACACACUUCAACAAAAUUUAGUGAUUUGUGGAUAAAAAUUCUUUUAUAAUUCGGUGGAUUGUUUUUUUAGUCGGUGGAUUGUUAAUACGUCGAACUUCCAUGAUAUUAAGAUAUCUUAGAUACCGUCAAUUUACAGCCUAGCCGUUGCACCAUUAUUGGUUCAAAUAUAUAUUAAUACAUUUCAUCAAAUAACUAUAUUUGUACCCGCUGAAGUUACUUUGUUUAAGGUCUCGUGAUUUUUAAGUCUAUAUAGUAUAAUAUUAUAUAUAUCACUAUCAUUUGGUAAGCCAGACGUGGUGAUCGAGUUUCAGCACGGAUUCAAUAUAAUACAGUACGAUCCUUACAUCAAUAUUCGUCAUCUGUUAUUUUUGUUUGACAUUGACACCCAUAUGGUCUUAUCCCGUCGAAUAAAAGUCAACUCCCAUCUCUCUCCAGUUAUAAAAAUUGGCAUUUCAUGCCUUAUAUUCAAACAUCUCAGGCUUUUUAUGUUCUUCUCUUGCUCUUUGAUUACCAGUUUAUAAAUAGUAUCAUUAGAUGCCCUUAAUAGGAACUUAUUAUUUACAUGGCACCACCACCACCACCACCAUCACCACCACCGGUUUCUUUAAGGGUAGUGGUCCUUUUCCUUCGGGUUUUAACGGUGGUUUUUCUCGUUAUAACGGUGAUCAUCCUCAGCACCAACAGCGUCACUAUUGACUCUCAAGGAACCGCUUUGAAAUACUAUUUCAAAGAUGUUUAUGCCUAUAGAUACAUGUUCUCAGCCGCCAUCAUCGGACUAGUUUACGCUGUCGUACAACUGUUCUUCACAAUCUCUGAACUGGCCACCAGAAUCAAGAACCCUAUUAAUUACCAACUCGAUUUUUACGGUGACAAGAUAAUAUCAUAUUUAUUGGCAACUGGUUCGGCGGCUGGAUUUGGAGUGAGCAAAGACUUGAAAGAUGCACUUCUAGCAUUAGUUGCAUUAGAUUCAACUGAUCCUGUGGAUAAGUUCUUCAGCAGAGGAUACGCAUCGGCUAGUAUGCUUCUCUUUGCUUUCGUCUGUCUAGCCGUUUUAUCCGUCUUUUCAUCCUACGCCAUUUCCAAACACUAGUUUAGUUAAGUCUCAUCAUUGUUGAACGUAUACUCUUUUCCAAUGUGCUUUGAUCAGAUAGCUUUGUCGCACUGUUAUGUGUUGGUGCAAUUCUGUAAAUUUGAGAUUGUAUUUGUUAUGAAAUUCAUAUCUUAAUGUUAGAUAGACAGAAAGUAUAGAUUAGUUUGUUUAUAGUCAAUGAAAGUUUGGAUUUGUGGUUAUAUAUAUACGUUCGAGUUCAAGUACGA